AUGAUGAGAUACGCUGCCCUCUCCCUGGCCGUUGGCCUGGCCUCUGCCCAGACAUUCUCCGUGUGCAACCCCGUCAAGGGUGAAACUUGCCCUGCCAACCCGGCUUUCGGCGGCGAGGGCAACUACAACUUCCGCGACGCGAAGAGCAUCGAUGACCUCGAGUCCUUCUUCAUCGUCGACGGCGGCGUCAAGUACAACCCAAAGGUCAUGUCCUUCUCCGACGACACAGGUGGCCAGAUGACCAUCUUUGAGGAGGCAAACGCUCCCACACUCACCUCAAAGAACUACCUCUUCUUCGGCAAGGUCGAAGUCGAGCUCCAGGCUGCUCCUGGCCGUGGCAUCGUCACCAGCAUCGUUCUGCAGUCAGACGCCCUUGACGAGAUCGACUGGGAGUUCGUCGGCGCGGACCAGAACCACGUCCAGACAAACUUCUACGCCCUCGGCAUCAACGACUACACCCGCGCAAAGUACUACGAGGUCGACUUCAACCCCAUGACCACCUUCCACACUUACACCUUGGAGUGGACCCGCGACUCUCUCAUCUUCUCCAUCGACGGCAAGGAGUACCGCACAGCCACCCCCGCCGAGGGCAACUACCCGCAGACGCCUAUGCAGCUGAAGCUCGGCACCUGGGUCGGAGGCAAGGGCCCCAACCAGGGCACAAUCGACUGGGCCGGCGGUCUGGCCGAGUGGGACAAGGCUCCCUUCGCCGCCUACUACCGCUCCGUGAAGAUUUGGGACUACGCCGGCGGUGACAAGGCUGGCGCCACCUCGUACGAGUACAAGCCCGGCUCUGACGGCUCCUGGCAGAGCAUUCAGAUCAACGGAGCAGGCUCAAACAGUGACAGUGCUGGCAACAACUACCAGCAGGAGCACCAGCCUCAGCAGCGCGCUACCGGCGAACAGUCGGCCACUUCCCUUAUCACCGCCACGUCUAGCCUGGUCGUUCCCUCAGUCGCCCCGGGACCCAUCAUUGCUAACAGCACCGGCCUCGCUGGAACCGGCAUAACCACUCGCAACGGUCCUUCCGCUACCUCGACAUCUCAGCCGGUCCCCGGCUCGGCUUCCUCUGUCCAAGGGGGCAUCGUCGCUGCUUGUGCCGCGGCCAUGUUCGCCGCCUUGAUGGUUUGA